UUUUACAGUCUAAUAUAGAAUUCUUACAAUUUUAUGUACUUUGCACACAAGUAAACUAAAGCGGAAUCAAAAGAUAACAUACAGUAAAUAAUAAUUUUAAAUGAAGAACGCUACAUCCAUAUCUGCGCAGUAGUUUUGCUUAGAGAUUGAAAAGGCUAUAAACAGGAGUUGGCAGCAUCGAAGAUUUUGUGAUUAACUCUCCUUCUAAAUAAACCGACAACAUGGAUCCCGACUGUUUUGCAAUGUCUUCAUAUCAGUUCGUGAAUUCUCUCGCUUCUUGCUAUCCACAACAAAUAAAUCCUCAGCAAAAUCACACGGGCAAUCCCACCGGCGGAGCAAAUGUCACAAACAGCAAUGGCGGCCCUGGCGCAAGCGGCGGUGGCAGUGGUUCCGGGGGGCAGAGCAAUUCUAGCGCUGGUACACCUGGCGGCAACGAUUACUUUCCAACUGCUGCUGCAUAUUCACCAAAUUUGUACCCGAAUACACCGCAGUCCCAUUAUGCCAAUCAGGCAGCAUACAGUUUAGGUGGGACAGGUGGAGGUGGCCAACAAAAUCCCGACAUGGUGGACUACACUCAAUUGCAGCCGCAACGGCUGCUUCUACAACAGCAGCAACAACAUGUACAUGUGACGGCGCAACAUGCCGCCCAACAGCAGCAAUCACAUCCGCAACAACAACAGCACCCCCAACAACAACCAGCACAACAACAAACCAAUCUUAAUUGCAAAUACGCCAAUGAUCCCUCAACGCCCACCGGCAACAAUAACAACACUAAUACCAGCAAUAAUAACACAAACACUCAAUCUUUAGCCAGUCCGCAAGAUCUGUCGACGCGAGAGAUUUCGCCGAAACUAUCACCAACGUCGGUGGUGGAGAGUGUGGCAAGAUCGCUAAAUAAAAGUGUUUUAAGCGGGAAUCUGGCAGUGGCAGCAGCAGCGGCCAACAUAACAAACACUCAUGGCGGUGUUGGUGGAGGCGGUGGGGCUGGCGUGAAUGUCAACGUCAACGUAAAUGUGCCAAUGCACAGUCCUGGAGGUGGUGACAGCGACUCGGAAAGCGAUAGCGGCAAUGAGGCUGGUAGUAGUCAAAAUAGUGGCAACUGCAAGAAAAACCCACCUCAGAUCUAUCCGUGGAUGAAAAGGGUACAUUUAGGACAAAGUACUGUUAAUGCCAAUGGCGAGACGAAACGACAACGGACCUCAUACACCCGCUAUCAGACGUUAGAGCUAGAGAAAGAAUUUCACUUUAAUCGAUACCUGACCCGCCGAAGGCGUAUUGAAAUUGCGCACGCGCUAUGCCUCACCGAACGACAGAUCAAGAUCUGGUUCCAGAAUAGACGAAUGAAAUGGAAAAAAGAGCACAAGAUGGCUUCUAUGAAUAUUGUACCAUAUCACAUGGGUCCUUAUGGCCACCCUUAUCAUCAAUUCGAUAUUCAUCCGUCACAAUUUGCCCAUUUGAGUGCAUAGGACGCGUGGCACUUUUCGGGUACUGGUUAGAGACUCAAUCAGUUGUAUCAGGAACCAUAUCAGGCGGCGGCAGCAGCUAGUGUAGCAGCUGGUGGAUAUCAGACACAAAACACACAAGACUCUAGCAUGGCCCUGGGUGGCGGUGCUGGCGUUGGGGUCGCUUCUGGCGGCGGUAACUCGCUGUUCGCAUCUGCGACCGCUUCCAAUGCUGAAUGUGUCAAAUAUCCACAAGAGUUCUGAUCUCAAAUUAUCUUCAGAGAACAUCCACAGCAAUUGCAUUUCCAACAUGAACACGAACUUCUACAGCAACAACACCAAUACGAGCAACAACAUUUAGAACAACAACCGCUGCAUCAUCAUCACAUCCUCCAGUCCGAACGUAGCUCCAUUCUGCAGCUGUGCGAAAAUAAACAAUUGUGCGAAGAUGCAGAAACCACGGAGUUGGAGUUCAAGGACGAAAUCGUCGGUGGUUGUAAUAUGUAUUGUUGUUGAGAAAUGCCAAUGUUGUUGUUGCAAUAAAGCUGUAGAUGCCUUCGAGACUGCUGCUAUAGCUGCUGCUAGCGACUGCUAGAAACAAGAACAAUUAUGAUAAUUUCUGAAUGCAACUGAUUUGUGUUAAGCAAGCAACGAGCCUCUAAGAAUGAAUAUAGCUUUCGUGGAGCAUUGGCACUUAUCACCGAAGCUUCCGAGAGUGGCUCGUGCAGGUUUAUGAUACUGGUCAGCAACAGAGGAAUUUCGUUUCAUUUGGAAUCUUGUGAAUUCAUGAUGUUCACAUUGAAAAUCCUCUCCUUUGUAAGUUAUAAGUACCUCAAUGGACUGACAAAGCUUUAAACUAAAGACUUUGCAUUUCGUCCUCUUUUUCGUGAAAUUGCGAAAACCGUCCAGUAUGAUAAACCGCUAUAUUCUCUAAGCAGUAUUCGAAAAGCAAUUAGUUUUAAGAAAACCACGAGCACUGCCGUCCGCUCAAAACUGCGAUGAUUAAUUAGUAUAUUUCGGAAGCUUAAUUAUUAGAAAAUAUCUGAUUAAAUAAAUUUUGUAUUUUAUUUAUAAACGCUAAAAAUUGAAGGAAGCUUGACAACGACGGCAGUGCUGUGUUAGUUUAAAAGUAGUUUAAUCUCCAGUGUACAGAACAAUACAGUGAUUCACAAAUUGUUUUGGUGAAAGUUUGAAUUAAAUUUUUUCCAAUCAUAUUGGUCCCAGCACCCCUCCAACUUCAACAUUUCAAAAAACAAACUAUUAUUGUUGAACCUGGCGAAAAAGUUUUGCCAAUUUUAAAGGUGUCGAGGUCUUGACGGAUAUUAUGUGCGACAGUACUUAAUUCUAUUUAAUAGGAUGUAAACCUCAUAAUAUUUUAUUUGUUGCGUACUCAUCUUUGUACAAAUCAUAU